AUGGUAGCCGCUUCACAGUUUGUUUUUGCCUGCCUCCUGAUCCUAAGCAUAUCAUCCAUUGGUGAGUAAGACUUAAUAGCAAGAUAAAAAUGUUUCUCUGACCGUGCAUUUGAGCCACUUUGUAAUGAAAGAAAGCUUUGCAGGAAAAAAGGACAACAAAAGGGCGUCGUUCUCCAUUGAUCCCACUGCUGUAAGCUAUUGAUGAUCCAGAAUGGAAUCGGCUGCACUGCAACCUUAACAAGUCAAACACAAGGGAAUUAAUGUAAUUUUACAGGGUCUGGAUGGGGUGUCGCUUGAUCCGUGAAUUGACCGGUAAACAGAGCAUGGAUCAGGAAAAAUCAUGAAAUACAGUAGUGAUUCGUGAAUUAUAUUAUACUCACUGUGACGCGUGAUCUCGUACAGCCCCCGAAAUGAUCCUCUACCCCGAAAUGAUCCCUAUUUCUCUUCACGUCGACCCCGAAAUGAUCCCCAAUUAAUUUUAGGAAUGGAACGAUAUCCCAGAACUAUGGAUCGAUUAAAAUGUACAACAUUAACUUAAGUUUCACUAAUAAUCUUCACUUGCUCACAUUCUUUAAUGACAUUAAUUUGGGAUUUCACUUUGAACUGGAUUAAACGAAAAUAUUAUUUAAUACACAAAGUCUAGUAUAUUUUUAGUAACACCAUGAACUGCAACUGAUAACAUCAAGAAACAUAAUAUUCUUUAUUAUCAUUACUUACGGUAGGUGUUUAUAGCCCGGGUAGCCUGUGAACAGGCCUUUAGUCGCUAUUUUUUCCCCAAACAGAGAGCCUGUUCACAGGCUAUAGCCCGGGUUAUGUUAUGUUAUGUUAACUUCUAAAAAUGAUGUCAAAACUGCAUGCCUUGGAUAUUGAAUUUUAAAAAUGGUGUUUUCACACUUUUUAAAAAUAUUAAAAUGGUGAUGAAUAUGCAAAAGUAGACAUACAGGCGAUUAGAUGACAAAAGCGCUAAAAAAAAUCGCAUAAACUGUAGUGAAAUGUUAAAUGCGAUUCAAGAACGUAAACGCUGCAACAGACUUGUAAUAAUUCCGUGACGGAAUACCAUUCCAUUCCGAUACUUAAUUGGGGAUCAUUUCAGGGUCGACGUCAAGAGAAAUGGGAUCAUUUCGGGGUCCGUAUCAUUUCGGGAGCUGUACAGAUCACCAUACUUUUUUCCUUCCCAUCACAGGGUCAUUUAAGAAAAACUCUUGCUAGUAGUAUACCAGCAACCACUAAGAAUCAUUGAUGGACUUGAUCAGUUCGUUACCUAAUCAUAUGAUUCGAGAAAUGACUCCAAAAUGUAACGUGAUUUGUGAAUGUACGGAAAUUUAACCCGUGAUUCCAGAUCCAGACACCCCCUUCCAGACCCUAAUAUCACAGGCGGCCCAGACGUAGCGUGUGUUAAUAACAUUGACAAAAUAGGAUGAGUCGUCGAAACCGCCAUGAACUAAAGUAGUCCAAAAGUCAAAAUAUAGAAAAGCAAAGGUAAGAUACCUUUAACUGAACGUCUCCUUGUAUUUCCUGUCCAUUUUAAGUGGCAUUUUGUCGAGUUUUGCAAUCGUAGGUACUGUCCACUAAAGGAGAAUUAAAGGCUGGCUACAAAAAAAAAAAACGUACUAUCUCCACGCGCCUCCACGCGAAGCGCUAUAAAUUUGAGAAUAAUCAUCGAAUCAGCUCCAAAUUGCUAUCGGCUAAUCUGCAGGUAACGUGUGCUCCGGCUUCGCGCUCGCUGUCUCCACAAAACCCGCAGCAACUGCACGAUAAUCGCUCGCUCAUCAACAAACACUUGGCCUUUACGCUCCGCCAUGACCGCAAACGAGCAGGAUCACUACGUGAUGUGAAUAUUCAAGCUUUAGAUUGAUUGACAAGAUAGAUUUCUAAUAUACAGAUUUAGCUGGGGCUAAAAGCGAAGCUCCCGUUAAUAAAUUUAUAAUUUAAAUCAAACAAUAAACUCCGCUAUAAUUAGGGCACAUUUUCAUGACAAAAAACUUCGAACUGAUUGAUUGGAUCGGGGGGAGAGUUGAUGUGUAACUAACUCGUGUAUCUUCGGAAUAAAACAUGGACAGACAAGACGCUCUCGGAAUCAGAAAGAAGGCUGCUGAAAAGCGCUAUCAAAAAACGCACCAAGGAACAUCACAGGUUAGUGCUCGAAAGGGACAGACUUACAAUGCGAACUUCUGAAACACUAAGCAGUAUUGACCGUUAUAUUCGUCACAAGUCUAUUGAUCACAACGUGAAAAACAGGGGUGAAAGAAUUCAUCAAAACCCACGAAAAGAAACUUAAAAACCUCACGAAAAACUCGAUACUAAAAAGAUCAAUUCAACUCAGUGAUUUGUUGUUGAUACGUUCUUCUCCCGCGCGGCCGGAGAGUUCAAGAUAUCACCGUACCGAAAAGCUUCUUGUGACAUCUACUUUAAUAGAUCUUCUUGAGCAUAACAGGAAUUGUGCAUUAAGUAACGGUCCAGAUAAGAGGGAAAGAACCAAACGCAAUGAACACGAAAGGUGCUAACUUAACUAUUGUCUCUACUGUGCUUCUGAUUGGUUUAAACAGCAAAUUUUACGAAAUCUUCGCAAAGUAGCAUGUAUAUUAAUCCUUUGUUUUCUAACAUGUGUCACGGCUAUCCGAAGACGAAGUAGCUGAAUUUCUAACCAACUGAACGGAAGAAAUACCAGACUACGCAAAAAAUAUCGCUCGACUGAUUUUAUCUACAUUUUGAAGUAUCUGUUUAUAUCCUGAAACCCUGCCGAGAAAUAGGCAAAAGUUUUGAAGAAAGUCUACGGGAAGGUAAGCUUCUUAAGAACUUAGAAAUAUUUUUGAAUGAACAGUGAAAUAAUUAUUGAAUUCGGGUUUCGUAUGAUGUGAAGAAUUAUGCGGAUCUCAGAGGAUGUUAUCCACUUCGGCCUCGGUGGAUAACAUCCUCCGAGAUCUGCAUAGUUUUUCACAUCCUAUUAAGCCCCUUAAAAUACUUGCUUAAUAGACAUAAAUCCUUUUUUAUUGGAAAAAGGCAAAUUUUGAGAAACUUGGUUGCCAUGGUGACGUCGAUGAUGUAUACGUCACGGCGAUUUUAAAAUUCCCAGAUAAUUUUUACGAAAGGUCGCUAAGUUUUUCGGUCAUAGCUAGGACGGUUUUGAAUUUAUUUAACUUUUUACCUUGGAUCCUCUGUCCGAGUAGGGUUAAGCCUAGUUUUCAUAGGUCGGAAAAAUCCCAGACGAUCGGGGAUUUUAUUGUUUCCCGACUGUCUCAGACUAAUGAAAACUCGGAAUCGUAGAUACCCCCGAUCGUCUGGGAUGGACGGGGACAAAUCUGGAGAAUCGGGAGCGUUCCUAUUUUCCCGACGCGUCCCAGAUUUCUGGGAUGGUCGGCGAUCAUUCGCGACAAAUGGAAACACAAAUAUGUACCGGUCGGGGACGUCGGCGAUGGAUUUUGCUCAUUACCAAUCCCCUAAAUUGCUGGGCCUUAGUUCCCCUAUCACAAAUAAACAUGCCGCCACUCGAAAACAAGAGUGAGAAUCUGGGACAGACUUCUGGCGAUUAUCCGAUUUAUUAUAUACAUACUGAGAAAUACUCACCAAAAAGUUGUGUUGUAAAUUUUGAUACUAUACGCAAAUGAGUUCUAGUCAAUCAGAGGAGUGAACUAUGGUUUUCACACGUGAAAAAAGUGAUACGUGCAAUCAGAAUCGCGAACGAUGUUUUUUCACAUGUGAGAAAAAUGAUACGUCCAAUCAGAAGCCACAGAUGUGUGUGAGUUUCGCACCAAAAUUCCCGCCUUUUCUUGCAGCUUGCUGAGCGCAGCUUCGCACACAUUCGAGGAGAAAAGUUUUUCUCUAAGAGUUUUUUCUCGUUAAAAAAGUGAAAAACAUUUCCGAAAUGGAGUGGAAUAGUUUCGUUUGUUUCACUGUCGAUAAAGAAAUCUGUGGAGAGCCGGCGAAACAACAACGGAGGGGAAAAACAGAACAAGACGUAAGCUUAUGUUGUGCUUUUUGUCGGAGCUACUUUGUCUUUCAUUUAUAAGCUUAAGCUUAUAUUGAAACCGGCCUUUUCAAUUGUACAUUCAGAACAAACAGUUAAGAUUACCUGUAGUUCUUGGAUUACGGUUUUACCUCAUAUCCUUACCGUCAUUAUGUUUUUAAGAAACGUUUCUACUAAAAAGCUGAUACUUCGUUUUGAUUGUUAUUUCGUGUUGUGUAGCGGCAAAUUUAAGCAUUUUGGAAAGAUUUAAAAUAAAAAGGCCACCAAAAUGAUGAAUGUCUCAGUAUGUAUACAAUAAACACAAUACCACAUGUAAAGUGCUUCGUACGGUAUUUACUCGUUCGCUGCGUUCACUCUUUCGAUUUCUGAUAAAAAAAACAACUCGUGUGUAAAUACCGUACGCCAGCACUUUCCAUGAAGUAUUCUCUAUAUAUCAGCAAAACCUCUGAUGGUCGGCAAAAAGUAAAAUCGCCGAUCGUCUGGGAUUUUCCCGACAUAUGACUGGCUUUGAUACUAAAACGAAAGAAUAUCCUGACCGACAACAGAGUAAAACGUCACCAUAUUGGUAUUCAGUUCAAUUUUUUAAUUCCAGUGUCUGGUAUUGAGUGUCCAGUGUGUACCAAUGUCCCCGGAAUAGGAGCAGGCAAAUGCGACAGUGGGAAAGUCCCCAAAGUUACCUGCCCAGAUGGAUGGAAUCGGUGUAUGAGCUUGAAAGGGAAGAUGACGGUUCUUGGCAUUACUCAGAGCAUCGAACUAAAGAACUGUUCCAACAACAUUUGGUGUGACUCAGCCAGCGACUACAACGGUAAGAACAGCAAAGAAUUUACGCCCAAUCAAUCAAUCAAUAAAACUUUAUUUUGUCGCGGUAAUUCCAUCAGGCAAUAAAAGAAACAAAUGACACUUGUAUAAUAAUUAUUGAUAAAUACUAUAAGUACUAUAAAAUUUAAAUACUAAGCUCUAUAAAUUUAACGAAAACUACUUACUUACAAAAAUGAUUAAAGACCCUGCUUUACAUGGAUGCCGGGAGAUAGUUAGAGAAAUUGUAGCAGUCUAGUUUUGCUUUAAAUGAGCUGAGGGUUCCUGCCUGGCGAAGAUCAAGAGGAAAACUGUUCCAUAAUCGAGCACCGCUGUACGCAUGUAACUAAAACCUAGUUUAAAGUAGUUAGUACAUGGAUGAGGAACAGCCAGGUCAUUCUAAGGAUCUCGUAAAGGACAGUUCACAAGCUUAUUUCUGGGAAUAAACUUGGAACAUAAAUAUACCGGAGCCAGAUUAUUCAGUGACUUAAAAACCAUUACUGCACGAUGAAUAACUAUAAAUACUACAUCGACUUGACCUCUCUUAUCCAAAACUUCGAACCAAUCAUGAUGUAUCAAGAGUAGUUGAGUAGAGCAGGAACGACCAGUGAGAAACCCGUGAUGAGAAUCAUGUAUGAAACCGAUAACUUGAUCAUAAAUAGCAUUGUACACAAUUCUUUCCUGGCAUUUUUCCAGCGAUAGUUAAGAGUAAAAUGCCACUAUAAUUUUCUACUGGCUCUCGAUCACCAUCCUUAUGAAUAGAUGCAAUAUUAGUUGAUUAAAAUUAAUUGGGUUAGGGGUCCCUAUUUGAACGAUAAAUUGAAUAGCAUACUCAGAGGAACUUCAGAUGUGUCAGCAGUCUCAUUUAGUAAACGAGCAGGUAUUUUAUCACCCGCACAAGACUUGUUAGCAUUAAGAUUAUUGAGCAGUUUUUGAAAUUCUUUAAUGUUACGUGUCACAUGGUUGGUAAAGACAUCCAUAAAUACUUAGAUCUUGUCAGUCAUUUUGUAUUGGGGAUGGUACCCCAGUACUCUGUAAAAAGCUGAGUGAAUUCAUAGUGAAUAUUGAAGAAAUUAGCUUGCUCUUGAAGUUUUGUCGCAGAUCGUCUGUUGUAAGCGUUUAGAUCAUGGCUCCAAAAUCCUUUUGGGGUCACCUUCAGUUGACUAGACAGAUGCUUUGGACAUGUUUUAUCCUCAGAUUUUAUUACGGCUCUUUGACGGAUCUUCGUAACUCUUUCCACUUUCGGCUAAGGGCUUCUGACGGACAAGACUUUAGUUUUGUCCAUAAAAUUUUUUUCUUUUUGAUCUUGUUGAGAAUAUCCUUGGUGAUCCAUGGAGGGUUAAUUAUCUUUUUUACAGUAAAGGCAGGGGCGGAUCCAGGAUUUUUUCAAAAUGGGGUUGUAAGUAUGAGAGUUCAAAGCAAACGUCCCAGGGCCAAAGGAAUGUAGAAUUUUGUUAAAUUGUCAUUCUUGCAAUUAUUUAUAUGUUUGUUACUCAAUCUUUUCACAUAGCAAGAAAAAGUCUUGUUACUUUUGUGAUUUUUGCGAAAUUUGCUACUUCUUCUAUACUUUUCUAAUAGCGGUUUUCUUUGAAAACGUUUUUGCUAAAAUUGCGAAAUCAAUUUGCCAGCAAAUUUUUGCUAACAAGAUCGAUCCUGGAUAUUAGUGAAUGGGAGAGGUGGGGUGGGGAGAAGAGUUAGAGUUAGGGUUAUGUCUAAAUAUGACGAUCUUUUCAUUUGGAUUUGAGAGGAAUUUGAGGUACUAUUCAUAUCUCGUCUACCUCGACGACUGCAUGGCGAUAACUGCGAGAUCAGAUGAUCGCUUUUCAGCAGGUGUCUUCAGACAUUGUUGACCUAGAGCAGGUCUUGAUUCGUUUCAUCAAGGAAAACGAUCGCUCAGCUUCUGCGCUUGUGAUCGGUAGGGUGCUGCAAAUGACCAGAAGGCGAUGGAUGUAGGGAAAGCAUCUUCAUCGCAAUCACCAAUUGCUAUUAGUGAAAGGUUUUUUGGAAGCUCCCUAUCUGUUGACUGCCAGAGUGUUUUCCAAAUACUUACCUCAUUUCCAAGGGAUUUGGGAAGUGAAAUGUCCUUCACCCAGUAUGCCUUCUUCUUCAUCAUCCAGCUGUAACUAGACAUGUUCAAAAACUUCCCAAGGGGAGGGGGAUGCAACCCCUCAACCCUCCCCCUGGAUGCGCCUCUGAAAGGUUGGAAUGCAUAUAUCAGCAGCAGCUAGUAAGAAGUCCUUAACUCUUUCAGUGCAAAUGUCCACGUCCUCUUCUAAAAAAAGCACAGUUCCACGGAAAAUACACUUCAAUAAUUCAUUCAUUUCAUCAGAGCUAUUAUUUGCCCAUACAGUUCUAGUUUAGGGUAGCGUAUAUGCUGAAAAAUAUUAUAUAAAGAAAAAUAAAAAAGCCGUUGCGCUGUGUCGAAGGCUGUGUUAAUUUCAACAUCUUUCUUGCAAUUAAAUGUACCGCAGCUGCUGAAGGGCUCCGAAAUUUUGUUUCCUGCAUUGGUACAGUCUCUUUAGAAACCAUGCCCAGAUUAGUCGCUGCUAAGGGUUACAGUAAAGAAAGGUCAAGCGUACCCCACAGAUUCCAUUAAUGAAUCGAUUGUUUGAAAAAAAUGAAUCCGUUAGUCGUUGCUGCAACUAGUAUCAAAAUCAAAUCUGCGCACCUGCGUGGGUCAUGAGCAAUAAAUGUUCUAAGAUAACUUCUUUGUCUUUGGUCAGAUUAAAAAUCUGUGAAUCGAUAAAAUUGCUUCUAUCAAAGACAUUUGCAUCAAAUUCAAGGAAACUGAGCUUGUAGAAACUUCAUAUCAACUACCCUGCGUGUAAAUUCACUGCUCAUAACGCGUGCAGGAAUGCAGGGAUGAAUCUGAAAUCUACAACUACUAACGGAUUCAACUUUCGAAUAAUAAAUUCAUUAAUGGAAUCUUGCGGGGGUAGGCUUGACCUGGCUGGACUGCAAAUUCUUAUUUUCCGAUGAGGAUCCCCAAACUUCUCAUAUGGUAGUUAGAUCACCUCUUUUAUUUUAGGAGAACAGUUUCAGUUUCAGUUUAUUUAUUUUCCUGAAGAAAAAAAUUAUAUAUACAGACAUUCAAUACAGACACAAAAAUGUUAGUUAAAGGUUAAAGAGACCUAAAAUAUAAGUAAAAGAAUUAAAAGUAUAUUUCGGGCGAGGAAGCUCAUUCAAAUUAAAACCUUAACUCUUAUCCUUCUUUUUCAGGGUGCAAGCUUCUUAAUGUGACGGGCUUUGUUACUUCAUGUUCGCUUAAUUGUAUCACACCAGACACCAGUGGAGAGCAAGAACUGGGUAGGUCAUUUUUUUUUUUUUUUCUUUUUUAAUGUUAACCACGAUUUAGUUUGAAAGUUGAAGCCGAAAUUUUUUGCACUCGUGUUAAUGAGUUUAAAAUAAGAGUCUUGACUCAAUGAAUUAUAUUGCGACCAAAACGUAAUAUUUCCCUUAUUGAAGUCUUAAACGUUGUUUCUUUAACCUUUUAACAGAAUGUCCUAACUAGAUAGUGAAUAUCGGUGUCUUAAAAGGAGCCUUAGUGUAUGCGCUACCACAUCAGCAGAAAAACAUGCAAUACAGCCCGCAGACCCAUACGCGUGAUAAUGCACCUAGAGCAAAGACGGAGAACGUAAACGAGCGCAAAGCGCAAGAUAAAAAAUACCUUCACCCCCUCACGCUUUCGUUCAAUAAAUCCACCACGACGUGCGCUCAUGACCUCUAUAGAGAUAAAUUACAAGGGCUUUCGGUCAACAGGCAAAAACGCACCGAGUUUUAGUCUUGGCCUCUUCUCAUCUUUGCACCAUUUGCUUUUGAUGUUAUUUUACGAACUUUCUGCUCUCUUAGAUCAAAAAGCCGACAAUAAACACUCUGUUUACCACCGACUUGCUGCAAGAACUAAUAACAACCCAACAAAGAUUUUUUUUUGGCUUUAAUUUCCAAGGCGAUUAAAUAAGGGGAAAGGGAGGGUGAAAAUAUCUUACGAAAGUGGCGGAGCCACCCUUCGUCUGGUUUCUUAGUGUCAAUAUACGAAGAACACACGAAGAAAUCUUAAUAACGAAAAGUAUCAUGAAUUAAAAGAUUUAGGGGCUGACCAAUGACUUAACAAAACCGAUGUGGUGGGGGCCCGGUGAUGUAGUUGGAGGAUGCACAAGUAUUCUUUUCUUUUCAUGUGUUCGAUAAGAGUGUUAUUUUCAUUUCAAUUGCGUUUGCGAAAUAUAUUUUUUUCUAAACCAUCCAACCCCGCUCUAGAAAGGUAAAUGGAAAGCUCCUAAAAUUAAGCAGUGAUUUGAAGAUUUCUUUGUCAUGGCUUUAGUGUAUAAGUUCAAAGUUAUUCACUGGUCAUUAGCUUUUAUUGGAGGUAUAUAAACGGAAGCUUUGUUGUAAGUCUAAAUUUCUUUGGCACACCCGUUCCGCUGAUCAUGAAAUUGGCAGGCUCAUGUGUGACGUCAAGAGACUUAAAAUCAGGAAAUGAAAACCUGAAUGCCUGCUUAUCCCUUUCUUAGGGUCGCCAGUUUUCUUGCAUCUAAAUGAAACGCAUCUUAUUGGCAUGUUAUACCGUAACAGUUCUUUCAGUUUUUGAAUUGUAAAAAAAUAUAUCUAGAACUCCACACUCUUUGACCCUCUUCAUCUAAAAUCACGUGUUCCUUAAUUUACGUCAUCAAGAGAUUAUGGGCUUGUUGUGUCUUGACAUCAGAGCUCCUUUGUUUCUGAGACGCUUCCGAGAGAAAACUAAGACGAAUGCAGUACCAAAAUGGCGGCAAGUUUGAAAAUUUCAAAAAAAACUGUAAAAAAAACUCACAUUGUGUUAACGGAAGAAAACAAAAAAUCGCAGAGGUUCUCAUAGCAGUCAGUGUGUACUUUCAAUUAAAAAUAAUAAUAAUAAUAAUAAUAAUAAUAAUAAUGAUUAGAAUAUGGGAAAUUGAAAAACCAGUGAAUCCUAACUCACCGGUCUUCAAAUUUAAACAAACCCCCAUUUCAGAAUUAAGAGCAUCCAUGGAAAAUAUUGGUACAACUCCAUUAGAAUUAGGCUUACUCUCGCAUUCUUGCUAUAUGAACAUUUAUACCUAUGAUACUCCAUCGAAGAGAAUGUUUUUUACAGAAAAGCCCCCCUUUUGAAUGCCUUACAUUGAACAAUGGUACACCCUUCAUAUGCCUACUUAAGAGCGACUGUCUGUAAAUAUCAACCAAAAUCGACUUUUUGUGGCACACGUUCAAAAUUCGAAUUUCGCUCAUUUUUAACUCAUCGAUAACCCUUAAUGAGUAAUGAAGCAUGCUGAGGUUAGUUUUCCCAAAUAACGUGCUGGUUUUUUUUUUGGAAAAAUUCGUGAAAACUCAUUUCAUGUCAUUUUGCCCGUUCGGAGCUCAAAAUCCACUUCCGGUAAAGCGAAAUUUUACAUAAAUUUCAUUGACUCGUACGUCAAACCACAACUAUUUGUCAGCCUUGAAAAACACGAAUAGUUUUUAUGAUCCGUUCUUCCUUAUAAGACGGUAAAUUUGUGAAAGCUGUAAUAAUUUUGUGGCCAAAAAAGGUAAAAUAAAAAUAGGCCCUAUUGACAAUUUUUACCGUUCAAAAUUAUAGAGAUAAAAAAUGCAAAAUUUUACAACGCGCUAUAACUUAGAAUUUUGCAAAUUGACUUUCUACGGCUUAACUAGGCCCCAAUGUACCAGAAAAUCGAAGCAAAUCUCUGGGCAAGCGAUUUUAAGUAGCCCGCAAGACCUCGAGUUCAACCCUAAUUUUGCGAAAAAUCGCGACAAUCCAGUGGUUAAAAUAGCGCUACACGGCCCAUCACGCCAGCAGUGGCUCCUGGCAGUGUUAACAACAGAUACACCUUUUAACAUUCUAUUCAACGUUGAUCACAUGCCAAAUUCCAGCAUACAAUCUAUAUUACAUCGUUCAAUACACUUAUCUCAUUUAGAAUGAUCAUUUUGUUUGGAUACAAUAUAUAGUGCAGAAUUGCCCAAAAGUCGGCUUUUUUGAGCGACGUCGGCAAAACGUCGGCGACAGAGCCCAACGAGAACAGACUUUAAACAAGUACAUUGGUGUGUUUUAUUAAUUUAGCAUCCGUCAAAAGGUAUAUAUACGUUAAAUUCAAGACUGAGACAACCAAUAUUAACUAAGAACACUUCACUUUCUUUUUUCUUGCGAGUUUUCUCUUUCAAGUAAUUAUGUAUAAGGUCUAUAAGUAUACAUGUACGUUUCGAUGUAUUACUAUCACGCUUAUAAAGGUACUUUGUAACGAACGUUUUGGAAAAUAUUUUAACUCGUUUCGAUCGACGAUGAAACACCAUCAUCAGAAGCAAAUUGCCAAAAACUUUCCUCUACAGCAAAACGGAAAACAGAAAAAUAAAAAGUGGCGUUUUACUAAUGCUAAAGCAGGAAUAGUUGCAGCGUGAGUAUGAGCUUUGAAAAUGUCAAAUGCUCCUAAAUGGACAUCUAUAGAUCCCUUGCAGCAGCAUUGGAGAAAACUUUCUGGCCCACUAUGAACUAGCCUGUUCCAGGCGUAGUGGACAGUGGACAGUGGACAGCGGCGCCAAAUGGAGAACGGAGGAAAGCAAAAGUGGAAGAGAGUAAGAGGGAGAGAGUGGGAGGAGGAAAAGAUGUUCUUUCUCCCUCUCUCCCCAACCCCGCCCCUUCGCCAUUUUUUGUAGCUCACUUUUCUUUGCGUUUUCCCAACUAUCUGAAGGCCUGUUACAGGUUAACUACGUGCAUUCCUUCAUUUCCAACUUUUUAUGGUAUAUAUUCAACUAACCGCCAAUGUCUACCCCCUGUUCAAGGCCCUUCGUCUACAAAAAUACCAUGUUCAAGACCAUUGCUUGGAAUUGUAUAACCUGUUUAAGAAUCAAGGCCUUCACAACCUUACCGUUGUGUUUGUCAAAAAACUGAGUUAGACUGAGAGCCUUAGUCUGCUUUACGUAAGUACCGUGUAGACCUCCGGAAGAAUUGUUUGCAGCCAGCCCCCCAAAAAACCCAAAGAGCCUUCGCCUGCCGCUGGUCAGUAGGAAGGCUAUUCCAAAGAACUGCUCCAGAAAAACUAUUUUUCUUAACAUUUGUCUGGGGGAUGAGGAAUAGCGAGUUUGCUGUUGGUGUCUGUUAAAAAGAAAUUAGAGAUAUUGCAACGAUCUUCCAUUGCUACGAUCUACUAUGCACAUAACAAGACCCCUCAAGGUACGUAAGAUAUAUGACGCAUAGUCUGCGAUGCACCCGCCACUCUCCGCUCUUUGACGAAAUGUCCCUAGCGGCAGAUAGCGAUGAGAAGAAGCUGUAUCGCAGGCUUUUGACACAAAGCUUUUCUACUAUUUUCAUGGGUAAACCGGUCGCUUCACGGUUUGGGCAAAUGGCGAACAGAAUUCAGGACUGAUGAAUUUUGAUUCCGUUCGGUAAUCGCGUUUACCAUUUGCCUAGGUCAGUUUCGUUUAACGAAAAUCGGCCACAAAGCGUGAAACUAAUAUUCAAAAAAGGUUUGAAGACAUGAUAUCCGAAUUUCGGCCUGGUAUUUCCAACCAGGAAAACAGGAAGCCCCGCAAAGCACCAAAGUGUCCUCUUAGUUUGUUUUAAUGGGUCAUGUAUAUAGUCAUGCAGUAGCUUCAUGAUUCAUACACGUUGUCAUACAAGUAUAUAGGCUCCUCUUUGCUAUCCACGUAGCUUUUUUUCAGUUUUGAGAGCCCGCAAGGAUAAAAACGUCGAAAAGAACUAUUGCACCAAUACUUAGUCGAAAGUAUUUAAUUGCUUCAAGGAAAUUAGUUUUUAUAAACCAAAUGGCAUUGUUUGGCGAUGAUUUAAUUCGUAAAUAUCCCACAAUGCAAAAACUCAUUCAGUAAACAGUUUGAGUCGUUAGCUAGAUAUUUUUCUGUUUAUAUACUAUUUUUUGAGGGAAAUCGAGUUAGUCGAUUGAAAGCUGAACGUGAAAGUGUGUGACGCUAUCCCGGGGACGCUUUAUGUUGUAUCUGACGGAAAUGCUGCAAUCAAUAAGAAUAAUAGGUUUACUGAAAGAUUUAAUUUUGAAUUGGCUUUUAAUCUGCCUUCAAGUGAAUUGUUUUUAAAAAGCGUAUCUUUCGGUAACACUGGCGUGACGGACCGUGUCACGCUAUUAAUUUUUUAACCACUAGAAUGUCGCGAUUCUUCGCAAAAUUAGGGUUGAACUCGAGGUCUUGCAGGCUACUUAAAUCGUUUGCUCAGAGAUUUGUUUCGGUUUUUCUGAUAGAUUGGGGCGUAGUAAUGCCGUAGAGAGUAAAUUUGCGAAAUUCUAAGUUAUAGCGCAUGGUUAAAAUUUGUAUUAUUCUAUCCCCAUAAUUUUGAACGGUAAAAAUUGUCAAUAGGGCCUAUUUUUAACAAUACCCUUUUGGCCACAAAAAUUUUCCAGCUUUCGCAAAUGUAUCGUUUUAUAAGGUAGAAAGGGUCAUAAAAACUAUUCGUGUUCUUCAAAGACUGCCAAAUCGUUGUAGUUUGACGUACGUAUACGAGUCAACGAAAUUUGUGUAAAAUUUCGCUUUACCGGAAGUGGAUUUUGAGCUCCGAACGGGCAAAAUGAGUUUUCUGAAUUUUAACAAAAGAACACGCAACACGUUAGUUAGGAAAACUAACUACAGUAUGUUUCAUUACUCGUUAAGGGUUAUCGACGAGCCAAAAAUGGGUCGAUAUUUACGGAAAGCCGCUCUUAUAGUCACAGUAAAUCGCUAAAGUAGGAAGUCUUCAUGACAUUUUCAUGUGAGAUUUUUCAAUAAUUAAAAAUGAUAUAGAAAUAAGGCUCGCCUUUUUAAAGCAUUUUAAUAGAGGACAUUUUAAAAUUACUUAAAGACAGUUUUUCCUACCCGUCCGUAAAUUUCAAGUCGUAAAUUCGCUACUGUUUGACGUACCUGAAGCCUGAAAAGGUACCACAGUGUAAUCCACUUUGUUUUAAAUAAAAUGGUCAAAGGUCGUCAGAGUCUUCAAAAGUGGGUAUUUUAUUUCCUUUUAAGUUGCCUUACUUCAUUUUUCCGCUCUCCGGAGUUAAAUUACGUGCAUCGACUUUCCACUUUAGCUGGAGAGCUAGCGGACACCCUUCUUUCCUCAUUGACAAGCGCGGCGAGCGAAAAAGUGAAAUAAUGCGAAGUAAUGGCAAAAAGGAGGAGAGAUUGGGCAGAGAGAGGAAAACUGACUUAUUAUUGCUGCCCCCACGGGGAAGCUACCUAUUUUUGUCUUGAAGGCGUCUGAAAACUCGAUUUGUCGGGAAGUUUGCUUAGCUGUUUGUCAGCACCCUAUGCAGCGAAGUGAAAUGGCAGCCAAAAUUUUUUCCGAGAAUUUGUGACUGCUAAGAAAGUGAAAGUCUGUGAUUCUCCCUGAGCACGCUUUAAAAGGAAAUGGCGAUAAACUUGUUAUAGAGUUUCUUAGCACUCUUGAAUUUGCGACCUCUUGGUUAGACAUUCGUCAGGAUUCGUGAGUGUUAUGUAUGAGGAAGAAGUCGAAAAAAGGGACGCGGACGCGAGUGCGAGGGACAGUUUAAAUUUUCUGCAAUACAGCCGGUAAUAUAAGAUUCUCAUUUGCUUGUCAUGUCAGUUGUAAAGUUAAGUAUGUUGGGAACGUAGCGACAGUUAAAGUGAGGAUUCGAGGGGACGACAAUGUUCUUUCAUGUGUUUCGCAGCACUGUCGUUUCAUGAGCCCAACCAGUUAUCAGCUGUCAGGGAUCGCUGUGGUUCACGAACACAAUCUAUGAAUUCUUGUCAAGUGGAAAUAAUUUCUUUCAAAGCGCCCAAGACAAUCAACUCAGCAGAAUCGUCUUUUUUGGCAGAUAACCUUCCUAUUGUAGUUCAUUACUUUUUCUAACGAGGGGAAUGAAGCAGCGAGGUGAACAAACUGAAUUACAAUUGAGGCCAUAAUUUGCCUUGGCAACGAGGCUAAUGGAACAAGCGAAUUACUUACCGAGGUGAGCAAACUGAAUUAAGGUUUUCCUGUUCAUUAAAAAUACUUUUUUGUAUUGAUCUCAUGAAGUAAAAUAAUGAAUACAACAGAAACAGAUGUGUACACUAAAUCGAAGCUGAUUUAAAACCUUUUUUCAAUAUUUCACUGUACGUAAGUCUUUAUUGUGUUUCUGUCAAUAACAAUCCAACCUGAUUUUUCAGUAUGCAUUUUUAUCUACAACCUUUCAUUAUACAUACGGAUAAAAUAACAUUGAGACUGAUGUAUUGAUGCAUGUUCAUUAUUGAUUAAAAUCUUUUGGCAUUCAUUCAUUCUGAUGCAUGGAUAUGGAUACAUUUGGAAGAAGCCUACAAUCUAUAUUCUUCAAUCAGUGAAUUUUCCUGUCCAAAUAAACAAGCCGUCAGAGAUAAAUUGCUUGAUCCUCAUCACGGUUUGCCUGUCUACAAAGAGUCGUCAGCGCGACUUUUUUGUUUAGUAAUGAAGGAAAAGUGUUUUUUGGUUUCAAUUAUGAUAUGUUUUAACAACUACAACAUAUAAUGUCAAUCCUGUGUCUUAAAACGUCGACCCCCCCCUCACACUUUGUACAUUUUCAAAACUGACCCCCAAAAUUAACCCUUUUCAAAAAUUGUACCCCCCCCGGGACGUAAUAAACGAUCGGUCCCCUAGUUUUAUCUCAUUUUUGUCUUUGCUCGGGCUUCAGCCCUCGUUCCUAGCGGCUUCGCUGUUCGCCCCUCACGCGUGCUCUCGAUCUCCGUGACUCAAAAGAAGAAUAAGAGACUGCUCGCAGUCCCCGGGGUCGCAGUCUGCAGGCCAGCAAGACUCCUAUAACACCAAAAACACUAGUUCGAUCAUCUGCUCUCACAAGGCGCCAAGCUUUCUAGUUUCUAUUCCUUUACAAAUCUAGCAAACAAAGGCACGUAAUUUAUUGCUGACUUUUUACAUGAACGCCAUGGUUAGUGUGUUUCGCCCACAGAACGUUUGCCUUGAUGGACUUGAUCAAGGAACCAGAGCAAUCGUGACAGCUUAAACUUGUUGUUGUUGCAUGUUGUAUAGGGUUUUUUGGAAGUGCUCCCCCCAGCCCCUUCCUUCUAUUCUUGCGUUUUCCGCAAUGUUUGUUUUUUAAAAGGAUCAGAGUCGUCAACAUAGGAUAUUUUAUUUCAUUUUACUACAUUUUUCUGCUCUCCAGAGUUAAAUUUCGUACAGAUUAAAUGCAGUUUCCCACCCACCAGGCCAGCAAGACUCCGGUAACACCAAGGGGCCAAGCUCCCGGGGCCAACCUAUCCAGUUUCAAACAAGUUUCGUCGUAUGUCUGUAAAAAUCUAGCUAACGGUAUUUCAUGACAAAAGUAAUUUAUUGCUGACUUUUUACAUGAACGCCAUUGUUAGAGUCUUUCUCCAGCGGAACUUUUCCUUGAACAUGCAACCAGACUGAAUCGUGACAGCUUAAAACUUUUCCUGCUGUGUGGUGAGAUCAAAAGUGCUGUCAUUUAUUUUGUUACAUGAUAGUGCUUCUUGUUACUUAUAAAUAAUUUGGCAAUCCUAAUCUUCAAGUCUUAACAGCCAGGUUGUCUCACAGUCGGCCAGAACUCGAUCCUGCCGUUAAGCGAGCGUCAAAGGUUAACUAUGGUAGCAAAUUUUGUUUUUGCCUGCCUCCUGAUCCUUCGCAUAUCAUCUAUUGGUGAGUAAGGGUUAAUAGCAGGAUAAUAAUUUCUGUCUGACCGAGGAUUUGAGCCAUUUUAUAAGGAAAGAAAGCUUUACAGGAAAACAACACACAAAAAAAGACGACAGAAGGGCGUCGUUCGCCUUUGACCCCACUGACGCAAACUUUUGAUAUUCUAGCCGGAAUCGAAUCAAACUUAACAAGUCCAACAAGAGGGAACUAAUGUAUUAGUUUAAUAUUUUAGAGUUACAAAAAAGCGUACCAAAAAACUCGUUGCGAGAUCUAGUUUAAUAGAUGUCUUAAGCAUAACAGGAAUCAUAAGUCCCGGGGGGUGGAGGUACGCCCCAAUAAAAGUGACGGGGGUGCUCGUCGUACCUGUUAGGGGUAAAUUGUGGAUUGGUACCGCUUAGGGUGCUAAACUGGCCUAAAAUGACUGUUGACGCUUUAUUAGGAGAAAUAUUUCUGACAGUACUUUCAAAAAGUCCUUGAGAAGAAAGUGUUCGAAAGUUAUCAUUAUUACUAUUAAAAUUUGCAGUGCCAGUUAUUAUAAUUUGUUGUUGUUGAAUUGGUACCUCUUCGGGGUGGAAAUGAAUUUGGGAGACUCCCAUAAAACAAGAUUCUGGUACCUUUUAGAAGUAUUCUCGAAAUUUUCCGACGAGCACCCUCGUCAUUUUUAUAAGGGGAGUACCCCCCCUCCCCCCGGGUCAUACGUUACUACUGCGCCUUAAGUCUGCUUUUUUUGCUACCUUUUUCACAUAAGCUGUCGACAAAGAGUCUCAGUCCGUCGGUUGCCAUGUCCAAGUCAUUGUUAGAGUCAGUUGCGAGUCUACGCAAUGAAUAUAGCUGCAUUUUUGCAAUCGAAGGAAAGAUUAACCCGGAGAAAAACAAAACGAUGUUACGUUACAAAGUGAAAAUAUAGAUAGGUUUAAGAGCGCGUGUUGUUGCAGUUGGAUCCUGACCAACUUAAAUUAGAAAGGUAAAUAAAGAAGAUAAGGGGUGAAGGGGUGGGGUGGGUAGGGGAGUUAUCGUACUUCUUGUUUGGAGUACAUUGUAGAUUGUCGUGUUUCUAGAACCCCGGGGGAGGUACUCCCUUAUAUAUAUAGCUGGACAGAGAACGUUACGAACGUUGCGAACUUUUAGUUUUGUCUUCAUUUUCGAUUCAUUUUUCUUUUAGCCCCUGACGAAGGUUUGUUUUCUAACCGAAAUAUUGGGCUCAUUUGUUUAAUAUAUUUUUUGGGUUGUUUUAUUCGUUUGUUUACUUCUUCAUCGCCUUGCCGUGAGGAUCAGUUUGCCGUUUUAUAUUUUCUACAAACUGUACUAAUCCAGGUUUACAACUAAGAGAUCCAGCAUCACUCAACGGUUUGAAUUGUCGCUGUGGACUAGUUUAUAUUAUGAUUUUUUAUCUUCGCGCCAGUCUGUUCUAAACAGAGUGUAUCAUUUACCUGGAAUUUCGUGCGAGUCUGUCUUCAUUACUAUUGUUUUCCAACCAAGAGAUUCUUUCUUGUUUGCAACUGUACGGUUCUUGGCACACUCCGCGUGCUAGUCUGACGUCACACAGAAACACGCAAGAGGGUCGGGUCGCUUGUGCAAACGAGCAGGGGACACCACAGUCAUUAGAACGAGGGAGGUCGGAGGGAAGAUAAAAAGCUAGCAAAUAGUUCUAUAUAUCGCUAAUUUUAUCAUAAGUGUCUAGCUUUGUUGUUGCUUUUAUCUGGUUGUGUUAACCGUCAAUUCCUUCAUAAGGUAUUCCGUUUGUUUCUCCAAACCCCGCUCCAAACCUGACCCUAUUCCAGAUUGAAACAUUCCAUUUUUCCAUACCCGUAUUCGGUCCUGGCUAAUAAAAGUUGUAGUCGGUAUCAUACUACUUAUAGUAAACAAAUUUUUAAUAAGUAGUAUUUGAAAAAGAAAGUUCUUAUUCAUUUGGAGAUGAAGAGUCCAUACCUGAUUUCAGAUCAAAACGGCUCAAAAUCCCUAACCUUUGGGGUGGCACAUACCCCGGCAUAUAGCCAUUUCAGGCGUGUACCACCCCUCCUCGUGCGCCAGGCAUAUGUUCGGCCGCCCUGGGCUUUCUUCUUAUUUUUCAAAAAUCUUGGAAGUUAAAUGUUUUCAAAUCCUGCUUGACGAUGAUAUCUCAUAUUUGUUUACGCAGCUUCGUCUCUCAAGUGUCAAGCUUGUGGCCCUGGUGACGUUCCUUGUGAUGGUUCCAAUGUAAGGAGCAUCCAGUGUGAUGAUUUUGCAGAUCGCUGUAUGACAACCAAGGUGACCACGAAUAUUCCAAAUCUUGGACCAUACACCUCUGUGAUGAAAAACUGUUCGCAUUCUACGGUGAUCUGUAAAGAGAGUGGCGAUGGUUAUCGUAAGUAUAGCUAGCAGCUGUCAUAUUAAUUUUUCCCGGAUUAUAUAAAUGUCACGUUCGUUCUGACAUCACAGGAUUAUAUAAAUGUCACGUUGUUCUGACCUUACAGAUGUCCCUUGGUAUGAAAUUAAUUACUUUAAGCCAUUUGCGCGCUCUCAUCCGUGCAUCAAAAUCCGCAAAUUUUGAGAAAACCGAACAAUGAAUACCGUGAAUAACACUAAAAUUGACUAAACGUUGCCUAGCUUGAACAUGAAAGCGAUAGCUCGCGAAAGAGAUUCAUCUUUUAAUCAUAGGUGUGGCUAGAUUCACCCAUGAAAUCGCAAUUAAACAAACUCAUUUUGUGCUGUAAAACAGUGGAGAGGAGAAUUUAGCGAACAUGGAACAACACACUUGUGACCUUAUUACACGUGCGUGAAACAUUUUGAUAAAAGUCCAGGGAAAUGAGGGGGGUACUCCCUAAAAUGGCCUAUACUUGGAGGCUCCCCCGGAAAAGGGCACCAUUUUUAGGCCUGAGGUAAAUGUAAGGGUAAAGAUUUCGUCUGUGGAGGUAUAUGAAAGGAUAGGAAAAUCUGUCAUUUCACUCUUUGAAAAAACCCAGAAGGGCUAACAGAUGCAUUUUAUAAUUGUGAAAAAGUCGGAAACAGGUUUUGGUUUUGACGUUAUUCAUAUUUUAAAAGACAGUGCAUUUACAGCAGUUUAAGGGGGUACAAGGUUUUAAACUAGGUAUGUGAAAAGGGGUGCCAUUUGUCAAUAGAAGGUUCACGAAUGGGGUAGCUUUUCUGUCAAAUAUGGUAUAUAAAAGUAUGAGGGGUGGGACCUCAGGACCUAAGGACGGGGCCUCCCCUUAUGAAACUUUUGUUGAGUACCCCUACCCCCCUCCCCCUCCCGGAGCGAUAAAGGCUGCACGCAUAAUUUUCUUGGCGGUUGUGGGAGCAAUAGGGAUUGAUAGGACGAUGAUUUUGAUUUUAGCUACAGUCGUCUUUGUUAGGGGUAAAAAUUGCUCUUUUUGGUCUCACUUAGCGAGUUCAAGACGGAAAGCUGAUAUUUUUUGUACAAACAACCAAACGCCGUCAAACUGUUUUGAAUACAGUUUGAUUUCUAACAACCCUAACGCAAAUUUGAUUACUUUUAAAGUUCUUAAUUUGUUCCGAGAGAUGGUUUCCUGCUUUGUUAUAGUCAUUUUUAGGCGCCAAUUGAAAUCUGAACCGCGCCCAUACUUAAUGUUAAUUCGAAUUUUCCGUCGAGCUUUUUCAAUCCUUCCAUAGGAUAAUCAACCCCCCCCCCCCCCCCGGGGGGGGUUACGGCCUCUUGCCUUGUUUCAUUUCGAUCAACACUCAAAUUAUUGUGUUACUUUGCAGCUUGCCGAAAGAGUCUUUUGCCAGAUGGGGCUAACUGUACUGUCACAUGUUGUAAGGGCGACAUGUGUAAUCAGCUAUCCUCUGAACAGGCCCCAACAAAGCCGUCAACAGCUGAACCAGUAACUAAAGGUACCGUUAUUUUAGAACUCAAUUAAUUGGUCAUUAGAGGCCUUUACAUUCUAAGUUUAGGGCGACUACAAGGACGAAGUUUUCUCAAUAGCAAGUAGUGCGCCCCCGUGAACCAGCCUCAUUAUGGCGGGGUUGUCCUCGUGCAAACGUUUUUGGAGUGUCCCUUGGUUCAAAUCCUGACACUAUUUCGGAGUUAGACAUGUUUCUUUUUCAUAUACCCAUUUUGAGACCUGCGCUAAAAAAAACCAAACCAUCUUGUUUACAACAACAAUAAUUUAUUUAUUUAUUAACAAAAGAUAACGUUUUACAAUAUUGGAUACCCAGCAAAUAGCUAUUAAACUAAUCUAGGCGGGACAAGACAAGACAAAGGCGAUAUUUUACACAUAUCACAAAUAGAAAAGAAAUCUAAUAACAAGAAAAACGAAACACUGGAAGCUUUCGCUAUUUAAAAGUUACACGUAAAUUUGAAGACGUUAGUACAGUGAUUUGUUUUUUGAUUUAGAUUUAAAUUACAACCAGAGGUAUAUACAACAAAUUAGCAGGUUAACUUGAUGAAAUAUCCUGGUAACAUUCAUGUAACUAUCUUCUUACCACUCGGUUUGCCAACCCAUUGCUUUUCGAAGUAUAUUCAUUCAAUAAUAUUUGACACUGAAAAUUAUUAUUCAUUUGGAGCUAAAAAAAAAUUACCCGAUUCCAGAUAAAAAACAGCUCCAACCCUUACCCUUGGGGUGGAACAUCACCUACAUAGCUCUUUGAGGGUGUAGCACCAACCCUACCCCCGCAUCUGGUCAGUGAUCUUAGUGCAACUUUUAACCAUUUAAAAUUGGUUAGGGCCUUAUUGUUAUCCUGAAAAUUUUAGAAGCUAUUACUGUAACUAUACCCUAAAGCAAUUGCAUUUGACGAUGUGGUAUAUUUUUUAACACAGAUUCCUCUCUCAAGUGCCAAGCUUGUGGCCCUGGUGACGUUCCUUGUGAUGGGUCUAAUGCAAGAAGCAUCGAAUGUGAUACAUACGCAGACCGGUGUAUGACAGUCACGAUGACCAUGAAUAUUCCAAAUCUUGGACCAUACACCACUGUGGUGAAAAACUGUUCGUAUUCUACGAUGAUUUGUAAAGAGAGUGGCGUUGCGUAUCGUAAGUUUAGCAGCUGACACAUUUUGGGACGUUUGUUAAAUUUAGCCUGCGUGGCAGGCGCAAAAAGGGAAGGGGGCGAGGGAAAAGGAAAGGGGGAGGGGAAAAGGGAAGGGGGAGGGGAAAAGGAAAAAAGGGAGGGGAGGGAAAAAAGGGGGGGAAAAAGGGAGGGGGGGGAAAGGGGAGGGGAAAGGGGAAAAGGGAAGGGAAGGGGGGAGGGGGGGGAAAGGGAAGGGGGAGGGGUAAGGGAAAUGGAAAGGGAGCCCCUACUAUAAGAGCCCGUGUUUUUUAUUCCGCCCACCAAUCAACUGUCAAUACGUGGCCAGCAUGGUCCAAACUUUAUUACUUUGUUUACAGGAAAUUGUGAAGUCGAGACGCUUUUUUCAAAUGAAGUCAUAAUCGUGCAAAAUAAAACUUUUCAGGUACUGUUCUUACUCAGCAAACACGACCGGCAAUGAUCAGUUUCCUGUCAAUACAGAACAAAACUUUGGUCUUGCCUCAUCAAACGCAAUGGCCGUAAAGUAGAGAAAAGUCGACAGCCUGAAACUCGAAUACUUUAUGAAAGGAGAAUUAUAUAUACAUUUGUCAGAAAGCUCAACGGAUAUUUAUUGGUGAAGCUUUAGAUCCUUCUACAAAUUAUUUCGAAGUUCGUUCAACGCGGUAUAUGAUUUGCGGAAAAGUCGUGUCUCCAGCUUCCAAAAUUCUUCUCAUAAUUGUGAGCUCUUGCCUGUGAAUAUCGGCGUUGCAGACUACAAGAAUCGCCGAGCAUCCGCUGCCUGCUAAACAAGCUAUUACAGUUGGUUCUUCUAGUUCGGGUUUCAAGGUGACGUUCCUACGUGAUUGGAGUAAUUUUGAUCCUCUAAUGCUUAAUUUCCUUUGAUGCUGCAUCAACAAGGCGAUUGUUUUUUGCUAAUGCACUUCAAUAAGUUACUCAUUACGGCUAAGCCAAUUAGGAAGUUGCAGACGCCAGCGUCCGCAGAAAUGAAGAAAGAGGGUUCUUUUUGCAGGCGUCCCUUACCCUCUCUCCCAAUCCCCCUCCCUUUUUCCCCUCCUCCCAAUCCCCUACCACUUUCAUCGCCUGCUCGCAGGUUAUUUCAAUUUAAAACUGUUUUCUUGAUUUUAAUGUCGUAAUCAUAAUGCUCAGAACUUACAGACGUCACAUGGUAUGUCGGCCAGAGUGGUUUAGACCUGAGCAUCAGAGCAAUCCUUGGCUCCUUAAGCUGAACUUAUGUUUUGUGAACUAGUUCAGGUGGCUCUCUUGCCAAAAUAAGUUGAGCGUUAAACUAUUAUGACCUAUUGAUACCCAAUUUCCCGCGAUCAUGCGCCAGUUAUAGGCCAGACGGGAAGAGGGAGGGGGCGAACUCCCAUAUAGAAGUGUCGUGCUCGUCGUCUUUCUUAGGCCUGCACCAAACGUCGAACUUCGCAUGAGACAAACCAAACUCUAAUUUGGGUCGACCUAAAUUAAGUUAAGGUCGUCUGUUGGGUCAGAAGUCGAACGAAGACGUGUCAACCCAAUCAACUGAAUCAACCCAAAAAGCAAUUUUAAUAAAUUUUGUCCCGAACGAGGCUAAAUAUACAUUAUCACACAAAUUUUUAAUUCAUUAGUUUAGUUCGUGGCAAGUGAAGGUAGACGUUAGGCCCAGAGACGAUCCUUCAGACGUUCCCGGGGCGGAUCUAGAGGGAGGGUGCAGGGAGUGCGCACCCUCCCCUGAGAUGGCCUGCGGUUUUCUAAUACAAUUGGUAUUCUGCAAAAAAAAAAAAAACUAUGUGGUUUAUUGGUGUUGAAGUAUAGCAAGAGACGAGUGCACCCCCUCCUAAAAAAAAUCCUGGAUCCGCCCCUGCGUUCUAUCCGACUGAAGCGACGGAUAGAACGUGUUGGACGAUCCAAACUCAUUCAGAAGACCUUCAAUGCGCCAGACGUCGAACUUUUCAUGAACUUAACUCUCUAAGGGCGCUUUCCAUUGAACCAAAAAGUCUGGUUUGAAUUUCGGCAACUUCCAGUAGCGAGUGGAGCAGCAUUUUCCAAAAUGUCCAAAAAGAGGACAACCUCGCGAGGUAUACCCAAAUUUUCGGAAACUUUUACCCGAAGUUUUCUUUCCAUUCAACUUUGCUCCCGGAAUUUCUAGAAUUUACGGUUGAAUGGUUCGCAUUUCUGAAAUUCAACAGUUUUUAUUGUACCAUUUGCCGCUAUUUCCAAUUUUUCAAAGGUUUUGGUUGACUGGUGGAAGCGCCCUAAGUGAAAAGUUUGACGUUUGGCCAAGGCCCUAGAGGUAAAAUUAGGGUGUUCAGCCGCGAUGAAAAGCUAAGAUUUUAACUCAUGCAGCUACCGCUUAUUGUAGCUUCAAAAGAAUAUACAUGUAUGCAAUGAAAACCAAAUCAGUCAUUUGGUUUUCAUUGCAUACAUGUAUGUACGUAAGACUGUUUUGAAGACAGCAUGGAAUGUUUACAUCCCUAACGCAAUUUUAAAUACUAAAGGUCUCAGUUUGUUCCGGGAAUUGUUUUCCUGCCGUUUCAAAGUCUCUUUAUUGGAGUAGACUGCUUGCAGCCCGCCUUUUCUCUUAAAAUCCGUUGAGUUCUUCUCGAUUGGGUUUCGCGUGCAGUAACUUUCCGGAGAAAGCCAAAUAAAGCCUAAACCAUCCACGGUCACAUUGAUGCCGUUUAGAGAUUUAAUUCGAAUUUUCCCACGAACUUCCCCGUGCCUUCCAUAGACGAAUCUCCCCGACGGGGGGAGGGGGGAAGGGGGGAUGAUGGCAGUUCCAUGAUCUUGUUUCUUCAUUAUUAACUUUCUUCUCGUUUGUGAUGAGCAAGUGAUGUUCAAGACACCUAAAUUGUUGUCUUUCUUUGCAGCUUGCCAGAAGAACGUUUUGCCACAGGGGGCUAACUGUACUGUCACAUGUUGUAAGGGUGACAUGUGUAAUCAGCAAUCUUCUGAAGACGCUACAGUUUCACCCACUCCAAAAGGCACAGAGUCGACGACCACUGAGCCAGUAACUAAAGGUAUCUUUGUUACAGAAAUCAAGUUAUUAGAAACCUUUAGGUUCUAAUUUAAAGGACGGCUAAGCGGACGAGAUUGUCUCAAUAGAGAGAUUAAGAUUCACGUUUACGACAAACUGCAAACGUGAAUUUGUACCACGUGAUCAAGUUUUUCCCUCAAUUGUAGUUUACUGUUUAAUACCUCUACACAAAAAUGAGUAGUUUCGCGCCUGUUUUAUCCAUAAGAAUGGUUCUGGGCACUUUUUACCUGCUUCUUUUCUAUUCUGAUAAUUUCUCAAUUUGAAUCUGACGUUUGCCGUUUGUCGUGAACGUGACUCCUAAUCUCUCUAAUCAUAAGUAAGUAGUGUGCGUGCAUGAACGAGCAGGUGAACUGGCGGGAAACGUGAUAGCCGUCGUCAUUCUAAUAGAGAAGAGAUGGAUCAAAACGUCGAAUUUUUCACGGAUAUACUAUCUCAAUUUCUUAAAUUUGGCAUGUUAACCCUCGGACGUACAAGGAGAGGGGGGGGAGGUUAGGGUUACGGUUAGGGUUGGGGCCAUCCCUCCUCCCCCAUAAGGUUUUUCUACCUGGCGUUUUCAGUAGCUGUUCAUUUAUCCCUCGCGCACAUUGCUAUGGUUACGAGCCAUGACGUCAUAAGUAGCUAGAGGUCAAGCCAAUUUUGGGUGAAAAGAUAUGUUUUUUAAACUUCUUUAAACAAUGAAAGUAAAUCUUGUGGCUAAAAUCAUGCAAAGUGCUUAUUUAUGUGUUAUUUUUUAUGCAAACACCAAAAAUGACCACUUCUCAAGGUUUUAACUUGAUUUCUACUUCUUGGUAAAAUCCAAGAUGGCGACCAUUGUUGGUGCAGCUGCGCCACCACCCCUAAAAUAUACUUCAUCUUGUUAAGAAGAUCAAAAGCUUUCCAACUAAAGGUAAAAUAACAUAACAUGUCAAAAACUCUGGAAAGGGGUUCCAUCCAUCCCCUCCCCACCCCUUGUACCACGGUGGGGGUUUGAAUUUGCCUGUACGUCCUAGGGUUAAGACCCCUAUUGUCAUAGAAAACCAGUGUUUGCUACUUUUUUGCCGAUGAAACGUCCAAAGAUGUAAUGAAUUUUAAAGAUUCCUUUCUAUCAUCGAGCAAAUCUUCCGAGCAUUCAUUUCGACCUGUUAUACUUAAAGGGCGGUACACAGCGAGGUUUCAUGAAAGGAUAUACUAGACUUAAAGUUGCGUAUUUUCAACUCUUCAGAGCAAAUGGAUCCCCAUAUCAAUCCCUUCUAUUUAUGUCUAUAUUUCUACGUUUUAACAACCAUAUUGAAUUUCUCGUGCAAAGUCUUACAAUUUUUCGUAAUAUGUAAAUCCGUAUCGAAACUCGCGUAAUUUAUGCACCGAGCUUGGGCCUCCUGUGGGCUGUUUGAAGCAGAUUUGAUGUUUUAAGCACCUUUUUUGCAGGAAAAUGUGGAUGUAGUCGUUUCUGCAACAAGUACCCCAAACAAAAUUUAACAAUUAACUACAAUACAAUUGUAGUUUUUCCAAACAAUUUUCAAAAAUGCCUGCAGGCAUAACACAACACGAUGACAACAGCAAAACAACCACCGCAACAAUUUACCUCGAAAGAUUAAGCAGCAAGUAACAAUUUGUAAUCAAUUCAAAACUACACUACAAUCAAUUUUUCAAAAAGCCAAUUAAACAGCGCAAUAGCCCACAAGUAACCACACAAGAAACCAAGGUUCUUAGAAAUACGUUAUCGCAAAAACCUCACGAGGCUGUUAAGGGUCAGAAGUAAGAAUAAAGGAAAACAAGCGAAAGACAAAAACAGGAUUAAAACUGAAAUAAAAAUGAACAGAAAAAAAAAUUACAAUAUCGAAAAAGAACAAAGCUGGGUUUAUCUGCACGUGCAGGCGACUCCGAUACCAAUGUGCCACGGAGCCACUUAUUUUUUGGUGAAGUAAAUUUGUUAUAUCAGAAGCAUAGAACCCCGAAUUAAAACCAAUAACUUUGUCGCAAUGCUGGGGGUCUCUAGAUUGUCGCGCGAGUGCUCCAUAGGAAAACCUUGUAUCACGAUGUAAAUGAUGCGCUGCAGAAAGCAUUUACUGUUUUACGAGGUAAUAUAUGACGAAAAACGGAAUACAGUAUUAAACCCCGAAUAACAAGGACUGAGUUAGUUCCUCCUAACAAGACAAAGUCGACUACCAAUGACAUGCAUGCACCGUAAGGGAAGCGAUUUCUUAAAGUUGUUACUUCAAAAACGGUCUUUGCGUGACCAUUAGCUUAAAUAACCUUUAAAAAAUCACUUAGUUACUAUCUAUCUAGAAUAGCUAGUAACACAUAUUUUCAAAUUAAAUUCACAAGUUUCUGAACUCGAAAGUGAAAGUUGCAUAAAAUUCGCUGACAUCUUCCCAGACGUGAUGCGUGUAAUAAGAAGCUAGAAUGAAACGCAAGUUAGUAAGACUUAGAUGCCGGCGAUCAUGUUUUCAACUAAGGUCAUCCCCAUAAAAUGUGUCGUUUCCCAUAGCCAUCCCUCUCGCGAAGGUGGGUCGGUCGGUUGGCCAAAAAAAGAAUGGACACAUUAUUGCAUAUUAAAUGUCACGUUUAGUCUGCAAGAUAUAAUCAGAUGGUAAAAGAUGUAUAUUAACAGGACUAUUAAAUGUCUAAAAAGGCUACAAAAACGAAGUAUCGAUGAUAAUUUAAGACAAUUGGUGUCAAUAAGACAAGAUCGUGUGCUUGUAAAUUAAAGUACUUGCUUUUUUACAAGUGAUUCUGGAAUUUUUUUUUUUUUUUUUUUUUUUACUUCUCCAAAAAAAUGGGUCGGUCGGGCGAUGGGAAACGAAACAUUUUAUGGGGAUGGCCUAAUCAGAUGAAUGAACAAACAGAAAACAAUAAAGAGACAAAUUGUUUCUUGAAAAUGUUUAUUCGAAAAUCCAAAAGUUUACCGUUAAAGGGAAUUCACAUAACACUGACUAGAUCGUGCCGGAUCCGUUCGCACAAGUAAAAUCGGCUGAGCACAUGGCAAACAUUAUAACGCUAAAAUUAUCUGUCUCAGAUCGGGCGCAUUUUCCAAUUCUUCUUGAAAACUCUAUCAAAAAUAUAUAAAACGACCGUCUAUGAAAUGACAAUAACGUACUUUCUUUGGGCAUAAUGUGUAAAAUGUAAGUUUACUUAAAAAUUCUUUAAAAAGGUUGCUGACUUGGUCGCACUUCAGAAAAGGACUAUUGCGCUCCGUCGUGAAAGAAACCAGGUCGAAGUCUCAAAGGAAAAUUUCGCAGCUUAAAACUUUUCUUUGUCCCCAAAAAGAAAACAAACUGUUACUUGCCACACGUCUACUCAAAACUGCCAUACAUGUGUUCGCGUACUGUUCUGAAUGAAUUUAGAAAUCUACAGUCACAAAAAAGCCGACUUCGUCCGCGCCUUGCACAACGCUUCUGCAAAGCUUGCCAAAUCAUUUUGUUUGUAGUCGCCAUGCUGGUUUUGCUGAAUGAGAACAGAAGUUGCAGAUAACUGGUUUGCCGUGGUGGAUAGGUUUACAGGUUUAUAGGCCUGAGGAUGAUCUUUGUCGGUCAAACAGGCUGCAGAUGCAAUUAGCUGAUUUCGGCGAGAGGCUUUGCGAUAUCGUGAAGAAUUCGUCGCUGGUCUAUGUUUUCAAGCCAUACCGCUUAUAACUUUGUGGCUCUUUAUGUUUUCGCAGGGUUGCAUUUUAUAGCAGCAUAACUACUUUGUCUUUUAUGUCACGAAACGAUUUCUUUCGGUCGUAGACAUACAUGUAGUAAACGUUGCAAGCUCAACGUUUUUAGCCUUGAAUUUUCUGAUUCCAUAUUUAGGCAAAAUAAUUUUCCGUGCUUCUGAUUGGAAGACUGCGUCGGCUAAAAAAAACCCCAGCAUUGUUCUACACACAUAAAGGGAAGUUAGACGCUUCGGAAGGGGGGGGGGUAUAUGCCUCUGGUUACAUCUAAAGCAUUUUUUCUCGGCUAUAUAGACGCUGUUUGAAGCUGGUGGAGAUGUAUUUGAGGAAAAUUAGAUUAAGCGAGUAUUUCAAAGCCAUUUUGCAUUAUUUCUGGUUUAAACAAUAGAUGGUUCAAACACUGAAUCAGAGGAAACCAGUCACACCAAUUGAAUUACGAAAAACAAUAGAUCGAACGUAUUGAUAUGAAGCUCAGUCGAUUUAAAGAAUAAACGGAAUAUAAACGUCUGUGUGAUCUGUGAAUCGAACCGCCUGUUCUAAAGACUAGACGUUGCCUAUUGGCGAUCAAGCAACUCGACCCGCGACACAAAUUAACAAAAUUAUACAAUUACGGACACAAAAUACCAAGACGGUUUUAACAAGUGCAUGAAGGCAACAACAAUCAAAUCAUUGAUCAAAUUAGCUAUGUAUAACAUUAUUUGCUACAAUAGCUUGUUAUCUUUUCCCCGACCUCUCUUGUUCGAAUGAUCGUAUGGUGUCCCUUGCCAAUUUGCACAUGCGACCCGAAGUUCUCGCCCGUUACUAUGUGAGAUCACACUGGCACACGGGAUGUGUCAAGAAACUUGGUUGGAAAACAAUAGAGUCGUCAGUCCCCCCGGCCACUGCAAAAUAUGACAGCGACUAUGUUGAAAGCAAAACAUGUUCCUUUGGACUGGAUAAAUGCAUGAUUCCAGACAUGAAAUACCGGAAUUUUAAACAAAAACGGCUCAAAUCCCCUAUUCUUUGCGUAUACUUAAAUCGCUGUUUCUGGGUUGAUCCAUUCACUCCCCCUUAGCGUUUCUGUUCAGUCGUCCUAGGGCAACUUUAAUCUGUUUCAUAUUUUUUUGCGGAAAUCUCUAGAUGCUAAAAUUGCACACCUUAAAGCAAUUCUAUACUUAAUGAUAUGGUAUAUUUCUUAACACAGCUUCCUCGCUCAAAUGCCAAGCUUGUGGCUUCGGUGACGUUCCUUGUGAUGGGUCUAAUGCAAGAAGCAUCGAGUGUGAUACGUAUGCAGAUCGCUGUAUGACAGCCACGGUGGCCAUUGGACCAUACACCUCGGUGUUGAAAAACUGCUCACAUUCUAAGAUAAAUUGUGAAGAGAGUGGCGUUGGUUAUCGUAAGUAUUGCUGGCAGCUGUCACAUUUUGAGGAUAUUUUGAAUGGAUUUCAAAAACUUCAACCUUUUUUGGGCUGUGUCAACAUUGAAUGCAACAACACCAAAGAUGACUUCUAAUUGUAACCGAAAGGGAACACGAUAUCGAUCGCUUGACGAGCAAGAUGUUUACUCAAGCUUCCAAAAGAAUGCCCAAGUUCAAAACUGGGCCACUUUUUAAUGUAAUUUUUUUAUUAGUAAUAUUUUUAUCAUGCAGGGCACGCACCACCUUCUUUCAAAAUGUUUGGCUGUGGUUGCGAAUCACAAAUUAUGCAAAACACUUCAAACGACCAUCGUCGCAAACAGUGUUAAAUUUUGCUCAAAUGUCGGUCAGACUGGUUUCGCCUUCAGAGCAAAGCAAUGGUUCCUUUAGUUUAAUAUUUCUCCCAACGUAAGGUAACUGAUCUAUGUGGAUUCCACGCUGUGGCGGACUUCUGCAAUCCGGAUUCCUUAUCAGUGGAACUUGGAUCCCCGAGAUUCCAAUCGUUUGCGAGACUCCGGAUUCCUUGGGCUGCAUCCAGCGUCCAAAGCCCAGGAUUCCGGAUUACCUUACAUCGGACAAAAUAGUAAUCUACGUUUUGAGCUGGUCCGGGUCGCCCUCUUCUCAAAUUAAGUUAAGCCAAAAGCUAUUGCGACCUAAUCAUACCCAAUUUCCCGCGGCGCUCUUUGCACCAGUUAAAGGUCUGGUGGGUAGAGGGAGUCGGGGGGGGAGGGGCUUUUAUAUGAAGUGUCUGAAGUGCUCGUCGUCUUUCUGAGAAAUAGUACAGAAAGCGAGUAUUUUUAUCAUAAAGCUUUUGUUUAGGAUAUUUUCAAACGAAUAUAUGCAAGGUAAACCAAAUAGUUUUAAGACUGGUUUGAAAACCACUCUCAAGUUCAACAUCCGUCUCGGCUCAAGCAUGUUAAUUUAUCCUGACCGCCCUUGCAAAAAUGGGAACAUGUGGCCUUAUGAUUGAAAAAAAAUCGUAAAAAACUUGCGUUAGUUUUGAUUGCCACCAAAUUUGGCCUACAGGAAGUAGAAAGUUGAAUCCAAUCACAGGGCCAGUUUCAGUUUCCAGCAGUUGACAUGCUUCACGCAACGAUUUUUUGAAAACUUAGCAAAAUGGAAGGCAAUGCAGUAAAGAAUUUGUGGCAGCUUCGGCCAUCAGGAGAUACUUUUGGCGACAAAUUUCGACCAAAAAUAUACCUCACAAUGAAUUUCAAUAAAUGCAAAAGUCGUGGUAAGAAUAGGUUUAUAACCGUAGCGUUCUCUUCGCCGUGAGUUUAUUCUGCUACGCAUCUUCAUGAACUUCGAUGAAAUGCUUCUUAGUUUUGGUUUAUAUUGACAAAGACCUCCAUGUUUUGAUAAUAAAGAGUUUCAAUUCAUAUUUGUGUGUUUUGAUUAUAGACGAAAACAUGAAGAUAGCAGACUUUUUUCUAAGAGUAAACACUCAGCAGUAAACACUCUUAAUUUGACCAUAACCGGGCACGUUAAAGGGCUCCUUACGUGAUAGAAAAAUUAAAAUUACAGACUUUUUUCCUUGUUGCUAAAUUUUGAACGGUUUUGGUAAAUUUUUACAAAGUUAUGAUCUUUUAAAUAUUUUGUGCAAAUUAUGCUAAGUCAUGCCUUAACAUGCUUGAGCUAAAGUAAUUUUAAAAGAGUUUUAAUUCGAAUUUUCCGACGAUCUCUCAGGUCCCUUCCAUACAAGAGUCUCUCCCCACCCCCCACCCCUCCCCACCUGCCCAACAAAGCCUGUUUCGUCACAUUGUCUCUACAUGACCCAAAUUAUUGUGUUUCUUUGCAGCUUGCCGAAAGAGUGCUCUGCCAGACGGGGCUAAAUGCACGGUCACAUGUUGUAAUGGUGACAUGUGUAAUCAGGAAUCUUCUGAACAGCCGUCCACAGCUGAGCCAGUAACUAAAGGUAUCUUUGUUGUAGAAAUCAGGUCAUUAAAGACCUUCAUAUUCCAAGUUAAAGGACCACAACAAGGACGGGAUUUUCUCAAUAACAAGCAGUGCGCGUGCGUGAACUAGCGUUUGAAAAGGCGGGAAACGUGAUAGCCGUCGUCAAUUUACUACGGUCUUUGAAGAAAAUGUCGUAAAAAAGUCAUCAAACUUGUGAAAUUUUAUUAUUUGUCGAUUUGGAGAAAGGUUUUGCUCGUUGAAUAAAAAGUAACCUUUAAUGAGCCCACUUCUCUGUUGAGGAAAAAGUACGAUGAAACUUUCGUGGUUGUCUAUUUCUGGAUAAUACGAGAGAAAAAUUUUAUAACGAAAAUAAAUCUGGUACUAGUGAAUAGGCAUCCUUGACCUGGAAUCUAAAAAUCUUUCUCAAAGUCCCAUAGAGACGAAUGAUAAUAAUUUGACUAGAGAAAAAAUUGCCUUCUCCUAUGACUAAGCAUAGCCAAGACUGGGAAUUAGCAAGUUUUUUUUGCUUGGUUUUCAAUAAAGUCGGUUGUACUCUUCUCUGUUCCUCCCCUCACAAAACAAUAGUGUUGUAUUACUGUUUUCACAGCUCUACCUUCCCGCCAUGAUCAGUUAUUAAAAACUGCAUUUUUUCCUCACCCUUGCUGGGUGGUGCUUCUGAAAAAGCUCGAACCAGUGUGGAUAAAAGAAAGUCUACAGAAUAAAGCAAGCUGCAAAACAUCUACGUCAUAGUCCAAGAUAGCGAACCAGUCAAAUUGCUCUAAACGCCAAGAUCACCGACCUGCAAGAGUGAAAAAUGAGGCUCUGUUUGGGAACGGAAAGGACUUAUAUUUUCCGUUACCAUAUCCCAGUAGUCUGACAACUGGUUGCGUGAGUACCAUAGAGCACGCCCUCGAUGCAGUCUUCUAUGACUGGUGUAGUUAUAAUAUUAAAUUCCGACCCCGCUCGCCAUAGAACCUCCAGUAGCUCAGUGCUUAAAGCAUCCGAACUAGAACUCAGGGAGUCGUGAGUCUGAUUCUCUUGAGCGAGGAAUUUUUUCUGACCUUCCUGGUUUCAGAAUUCUCAUUCUUCCAAAUUAAUAAAAAAAAUAAUGGCGCACACCCAAAGUUGGAUUUUGUAAUUACGUGGAAGAAGCCAUCUCAAGAUAUAAAAAGAUGACUCGAACAUUUCCCUGUGCGUUGCACCUCUGUGCAAGAGUUGACACUGGAAGCAGUUUUAGUCAGAUUCCCUACUAUAUAUAACUUAUGGAUCAUCUAAGCAAAGUAAAACCCAUCCUACCCAAUUCUCCAGUGUCAAACUUUCCCAAAUGCCCUGAGUAUACCCGGCGGGAAUACCCUGGAAGAGUAUUGUUGAAGUUAAAUUUGACUGGCUCCUUUUUUUUUCAGCGUUUAACAUCAAGUGUCCGGUUUGCACCAAUAUUCCGCACAUGGGAGCACGCAAAUGUGACAGCUACUAUGUUGAAAGCAAAACAUGCCCCAUGGGCCUGGACAAAUGCAUGACAGUGACAGGGCAGGUGAAGGAUGUGGUUGGUGCUGGUGUAAACUUCCCGACAAAAUUUGAAGUAAAAAACUGCUCAAACAGCCUAUUAUGUGAAGGAGGCAGCGAUUUGAACAGUAAGAAAAGGACAACUGUAUAGCUUUAUAAUAGCUACAAUGGAGAUUUAAAGUGUUGAAACCUAAUUCCUGUGAUAAUAGUAAAACUAGCGACCUUCCCCUCCCGCCCUCACCACCCCAAAUAAGGUUGACGUUUGAACAAAGUGGGGGAAAUGAGCCUUUUUUGUUAGUGGGUGGGGGGAACAAGGGGUGAGCCCCAAGAUGAUAAAAAGAAAAUUUGCUUGCAAGGCGCGCCAGUGGACCAGGGUAGUUUUCCCAGGAAAAUAACUUACUGUAGAGCAAUUAAGCUCUCGCGCUAAAUUUCAAUGGCCGCAAAGUCUCUUUUCCAUAUUCAAUAAGGGUUUUCUUCAACCCUUCCGCCUCCGUCUUAAAAGGAGAGUUUACUUCUUAAAUGGACAAUUCCAUUAAACGCUCCAUUCUUGAAUGCUUUAGAGUAAAACAUUGCUAAACAUUGUAAUUUACAGAGUAGAUUCUUAUUUUUUUUUAAAAAAACUUUUUUUUCAGUGUGCAAGAUUCUCAACUCGACAGGCCUCGUUAAAUCUUGCUCAGUGAAGUGUGUUUCACCGACCGUUACACGUCCCUCUCUUGCCGGUGGCCCCAAGAUGAAUUUUACUUCGGUUACACCACAAGUACCAGAAAGUACGUCUAUUUUACAGUCCGUCGAGCUCUGUUUUUAUUCAAAAGUUCGCCUAUAUCUUCCUUGUGAAAAGGGCUAAAAAGUUCUGCCAUUUCGUAUCAUUACCAAAACAACUCAGCCUUGUCCCCAGCUUUUCUCGGUUAACGGUUCAACAAUCUGGCAAUUUUGCUGCACGAUUGACAUCACCAGUAUCUUCUUUUGUAGCUGUAACGGAGAAAUAUUUUGAAUGAAUAAUAAUACUUCUUUUGUCUUUUAGUGGGCGUUUUCAGGCUCAAUCAUCUUCCGGUGUUGUCAGCCCCACGUUCGUGGGGCAGGAACACGUGACGAACCCCUAAGAACGUCUGCGGGGGAGGCUAUGAAAAAUGAGGCUCUGUUUGGGGACGGAAAGGACUAAUGUUCCUUUACCUUAUCCCAAUAGUGUGCCACCUAGUUGCCUGAGUACCAUCAUAGUAAUUAAAGUGGAAUGGUUGGAGAAACCCUUUGUUGUAGGCUGUUUUUGUUAGCUUUUUUGGCCCUGACCGUGCACAACGUUCAAUAGCAUUCCUAUCAUUUUGAAGUUAUUGACCAAUAGAAACAUUGCAUCAAAUUAUUCAGUUAUAAUUUGUAAACAGGAAACAAGGAAUUGUGCACAGUCAGGGAGCUUCCAACAUAGCCUACAGCACCAUUGUUUUCAACAUUGAUGUUUGCCGGGUUUUCUAACCAGUCUCCUCUACUAACUAUGGUACCAUCGAGUAAGUCCUCGAUGCAGUCCUCUGUGACUGGUGUAAUUACAAUUGAAUUCCGACCCCGCUCGCCAUAGAGCCUCCACUAGCUCAGUGGUUAGAGCAUCUGAACUAGAACUCGUAGGUCCGAUUCUCACGUGGAGCUCGGAAUUUUUUUCUGAGCUUCGUGGUAUCAGAAUUCUCUUUCUUCCAAAUUAAUAAUAAAAUUAAUGGCGCACACCCAUCGACCAAAAGAGGUUAAAGAGUCUUCUCAAGAUUAACAAAGGUGACUCGCCGAGAACAUUUCCCUUUGCGUUGCACCUCCGAGCAAGAGUUAACACUUGAAGCAGUUUUACUCAGAUUCCCUACUAUAACCGGCUAAGCAAAGUCAAACUCAUCCUUCCCCAUUGUCAAAUAUUCUCAGAUACCCUGAGUAUACCCGGUGGGAGUACCCUGAAAAAGUAUUGUUAUAGUUUAAAAUUGACUGGCUCCUUUUUUCAGCGUCUAACAUCAAGUGUCCGGUUUGCACCAAUAUUCCGCACAUGGGAGCACGCAAAUGUGACAGUCUCUAUGUUGAAAGCAAAACAUGCCCCAUUGGACUGGAUAGAUGCAUGACCGUGGCGGGGAAGGCGAAGGAUAUGGUUGGUGCUGGUGCAAACUUCCCGACAAAAUUUGAAUUAACAAACUGUUCCAACAGCUUCUUAUGUGAACCAGGCAGUGAUUAUAACAGUAAGAAUAGCAAAACUGUAUAAGCUCUAAAAUAGCUGCAAUGGAGAUCAAAAGUGUUGAAACCUUAUUCCUGUGACAAUAGUAAAACUAGCGGCCCAAAUAAGGUUGACAUUUGAACAAAAUGGGAGGAAAUGAGCCUUUUUUGGCUCGGGGGUGGGGGAAUGAAGGGGUGAGACCCAGAAUGACAAAAAGAAAACUUGCAAGGCGCGCCAGUGGGCGAGGGUGAUUUUCCCAGGAAAAUAACUUACUCUAGAGAAAUUAAAUUCUCUCCGCUAAGUCUUAUGUCCAUAUUCAAUAAGAGUUUUCUUAAACCCUCCCGCCCCCUUCUUAAAAGGAGAGUUUACUUCUUAAAUGGAUAUUUCCCGAACACUCCAUUCUUGAAUGCUGUAGAGUAAAACAUUGCUCAACAUUGUAAUUUACAGGGUGAAUUCUUAUUUUAUCUAAAACCCUUUUUUAUUUCAGUGUGCAAGAUUCUCAACUCGACAGGCCUCAUUAAAUCUUGCUCAGUGAAGUGUGUUUCACCAAUUGGUACACGUCCCUCUAUUGCGGGUGGACCCAAGAUAAAUUUUACAUCGGUUACACCACAAGUACCUGAAAGUACGUUUAUUUUAUAGAAAUUACGAUAUCCCUUUUUUGUCACAUUUAUUUAUUUUUGUGAUUGAUGAUAUUAUUUUAUUUACUAUUUUUUUCGAAACUUAACCCUGGACCCCGAAUAAAGGCCGGCUUCUCAAGAGGAAGCUAGUUGUAAAUAUGACCAUAAAAUAAAUCUUUUUAUCUAGCCGGAGUUUUGAUAACGUUAUCGCCCGAAGUAGCUAUUUUAAAGACAAAGAGCGCAACCAUUGCUUUUUUUUCUUCUCCUCCUUUCCUUCUCCUAGUAGAAGUGGUAGUGGUAGUAGUAGUAGUAUUAGUAGCAGCAGCAGCGGCAGCAGUAGCAGCAGCAGAGCGGCAGCAGUAGCAGCAGCAGUAGUAGUAGUAGUAGUAGUAGCAGUAGUAGCAGUAGUGGUAGCUGUAGAGGUAGUGGUAAUGGUAGUGAUAGUGGUAGUGGUACCCUUUCAGUACGCCUUUAUCAGCCAAUUUAUCAGCCCUGUUAGCAGUCAGCGAACUCAUACAAAAAUGCCCCAAUAACUACGCUAAUAUUUAAUUAUUGAAGCCUGCUUUCUUAUCAUCUGAAGAUUAUAUAAUAUAACUAUAGAGAUCUCGGAGGGUGUUAUCCACCGAGGCCGUACCUCCAUCGCAUCGAUGAGAUAUAGAUGUUAAGUUCCUCUUCGAUAGUGCAUGUUUAUCUGCAAAUUUAGGAGAUAAAGGGUUGUUCAGUUCUGCAAUUAUUCUCCAAAUAGUAGAUCUCUUCCGUCGAGUUAUCUUCUUGCUGUUUAUGCUUUGUUUUUAGCCAAAAGUUCGCCCAUACCAUCCUUGUGAAAAGGGCUAAAAAGUUCUGCCAUUUUGUAUCAUUACCAAAACAACUCAACCUCGUCCUCAGCUUUUCUCGGUUAACGGUUCAACAAUCUGGCAAUUUUGCUGCAUGAUUGACAUCAUGAGUAUCUUCCAAAUUUGGUCAACAGUAGCUGGUUAUGAUAAAUUAUGCGUGUGAUUUUAGCCAAUCAGAACGGAGAAAUAUUUUGAAUGAAUAAUAAUACUUCUUCUUUUGUCUUUUAGUGGGCGUUUUCAGGCUCAAUCAUCUUCCGGUGUUGUCAGCCCCACGUUCGUGGGGCAGGAACACGUGACGAACCCCUAAGAACGUCUGCGGGGGAGGCUAUGAAAAAUGAGGCUCUGUUUGGGGACGGAAAGGACUAAUGUUCCUUUACCUUAUCCCAAUAGUCUGCCACCUAGUUGCCUGAGUACCAUCAUAGUAAUUAAAGUGGAAUGGUUGGGGAAACCCUUUGUUAUAGGUUUUUCUUAGCUUUUUUGGCCCUGACCGUGCACAACGUUCAAUAGCAUUCCUAUCAUUUUGAAGUUAUUGACCAAUAGAAACAUUGCAUUAAAUUAUUCAGUUAUAAUUUGUGAACAGGAAACAAAGGAUUGUGCGCAGUCAGGGAGCUUCCAACAUAACCUACAGCACCAUUGUUUUCAACAUUGAUGUUUGCCGGGUUUCCUAACCAGUCUCCUCUACUAACUAUGGUACCAUCGAGUAAGUCCUCGGUGCAGUCCUCUAUGACUGGUGUAGUUACAAUUGAAUUCCGACCCCGCUCGCCAUAGAGCCUCCAGUAGCUCAGUGGUUAGAGCAUUUGAACUAGAACUGGGAGGGUCGUGAGUCCGAUUCUCACCUGGUAUCAGAAUUCUCUUUCUUCCACAUUAAUAAUAAAAUUAAUGGCGCACACCCAUCGACCAAAAGAGGUUAAAGAGUCUUCUCAAGAUUAACAAAGGUGACUCGCCGAGAACAUUUCCCUUUGCGUUGCACCUCCGUGCAAGAGUUAACACUUGAAGCAGUUUUACUCAGAUUCCCUACUAUAACCGGCUAAGCAAAGUCAAACUCAUCCUGCCCCAUUGUCAAAUAUUCUCAAAUACCCUGAGUAUACCCGGUGGGAGUACCCUGGAAAAGUAUUGUUAAAGUUUAAAAUUGACUGGCCUUUUUUUCAGCGUCUAACAUCAAGUGUCCGGUUUGCACCAAUAUUCCGCACAUGGGAGCACGCAAAUGUGACAGCUACUACGUUGAAAGCAAAACAUGCCCCAUUGGACUGGAUAAAUGCAUGACAGUGGAGGGGCAGAUUAAGGAUGUGGUUGGUGCUGGUGCAAUCUUCCCGACAAAAUUUGAAAUAAAAAACUGUUCCAACAGCCUCUUAUGUGAACCAGGCAGUGAUUAUAACAGUAAGAAUAGCCAAACUGUAUAAGCUUUAAAUUAAAAUAGCUAUAAUGGAGAUCAAAAGUGUUGAAUGAUAUAAAAACAAGGCAACUCCACACCUCCCCUCCCCCCCACCACCACCACCCCAAAUAAGGUUGAAAUGUGAACAAAAUGGGGGGAAAUGAGCCUUUUUUGCUAGGGGGUAGGGGGAUGAAGGGGUAAGCCAUAAGAUGAUAAAAAUAUAACUUAUAAGGUGCGCCAGUGGGCGAGGGUAGUUUUUCCAGGAAAAUAACUUACUGUAGAGAAAUUAAACUCUCACGCUAAAUUUCUAUGGCCGCUAAGUCUUAUGUCCAUAUUCAAUAAAUGUUUUCUUAAACCUUCCCGCCCCCUUUUUAUAAGGAGAGUUUACUUCUUAAAUGGACGAUCCCAUUAAACAUUCCAUCCUUGAAUGUUUUAGAGUAAAACAUUGUUAAACACUGUAAUUUGCAGAGUGAAUUCUUGUUUUUAAAAAGAAACUUUUUUCUUUCAGUCUGCAAGAUUCUCAACUCGACAGGCCUCGUUAAAUCCUGCUCAGUGAAGUGUGUGUCACCGACUGUUACAAGCCCCUCUGGUGUAGGUGGACCCAAGAUAAAUUCUACAUGGAUAUCAGUUGAACCACAAGUACCUGAAAGUAGGUUUAAUUUAUAGAAAUUACGAUAAUCCUUCCUUUUAUUAUCACAUUUAUUUCUUUAUUUAAUUGAUAUUAUUUUAUUUACUAUUUUUUGUUACAAAACUUAACGCUGGGCCGGGCCGAAUAAAGGCUGGCUUUUCAAGAGGAAGCUAAUUGUAAACAUGACGCUCAAAUAAAUCUUUUCUAUAUAUAUAGACAGUCGACUCCCGAUAACUCGAACUUUCAGAGAAACAGAAAAAAAAAUUGAGUUAUCGAGAAUUCGAGGCAAAUAACCAAAAAUAAGGGGGGGAAAUCACCUUAAAUUGUGAUGGUGACUUUAAGCAAGGCGCGCAGCUAACAUUGGAGAUGGGGACCUUGCCACUUCAUUUUAAGGCCGGCAAGAGAUACACUGUUUUUGAAAAAGGAUUUAAACAUUUUAGGGAAGGGAGAGAAGGGCCGGGCCUUCGGAGGGGAGGGUCCAUAGUAAUUUUUUUACAAAUUGGGAAGGGUCAAACCAGUUUUAUUUUCAACCUUUUUGGCAAGGAAAAACUGCUCCAUGUCGCUUCUAUUUUGCCAGUCAAGAUUAAUCUAAAUUAUUUACAGGUGUCGAAAAAUUUAUAUAUCAAAAAAAUAUCUUCUCCCAACUAACAUAAUUGUCUCUCUCGACCCGUGCCCGCUUUCGCCCAUAUUUUGAUGUUUCCGCGCGGGGUCGGGUAUAAAAUCAGUCUCCGAUGAGGAUUCUUGACUUAAGCUACUCGGGCGUGAACCGACAACUCGAUCUACUACAUCACUUUGCGAGUCAGUGUCGACCUCAGAAAGUGAUGAGGUCACUGGUUGCCUCACAUUUGUUAGCGGGGGCUGCCGAGGUUGUUGACGCUCCAUUGAAUUGUACAGCAAGCUGCCAAUGUGCGCUUUGAUCAUUGCGACCUUUUCAGCUUUCUUCCCUUUGAAGGUGAUCUUGUGAUGGGAAAAGUACAAGGAUAGCUCGUCCACCCUCAAGGACGACAGCUUAUCGGAGUUGUACAGUCCAGUCCAGUCAAUGUCAUUGUACUACCGGUUUAGCCGUUCCAUUCGCUCCCUUUCAGUCUCCUCUUUCUUUUUCUCCCUGCGCAUUUUUAUCUGGGCAAGGUGCUAAACAUAUUCUGCCACUAGCUUUUCGGGGACAAUGUAUUUAUCUCAAAACUUUCUAAUAGCCUCACUGUCUCCACUGACUACUUCACUUUCUUCAAACAAUCGUUUAAUCUGUGCUCGAGGCUGGAAGUCGUCUGGCUCACGGCCAUUGGUCGGGUUUGCACUCCAACAUUGCAAAAUUGCGUUUCCCUCUUUCUAUUCCUCGUACAUCCUUGCCCAUUUUCAAGUUUUCACCGUACAAUAACGCGCCACGCAAUUAACUACAUAUACUUUGUGCGCAGAUCAACGCUGUUAUAUGAUGUAAUUAACGUGAUGUGAUUAUACAAGGAUGGACACUAUAUUUAAAAAUCAACUGGAUUGCCAAAAAAGUAAAGAAUACACGGUUUCUUUAAAAAAAAAUUAAAUGAUUUAAUUGCAGCACAGUGUUUUUCUUUUCCUGACAUUUUAGGCACUCGAAAGAGGGUUCGAGUUAGAAAUGUAGAAAUGGUCUGACGGGAAACAAAAAUUACUUCGAGUUAGCUAGGGUUCGAGUCAUCGGGGGUUGACUGUGUAUUUACGCUAAAUAUUGUAGAGUACCAAUGGUAAGAUACACAGCUGUCAAUAAUAAAGAAUAAAAACCUCCUCAUAAAAUAGAGCGUCCAAAAAAAAAAAAAAGAAAAAGGUGGUGGUGGUGGUGGUGGUGGUAGUAGUAGUAGUCUUCCAGUACGCCUUUAUCAGCCGAUUUAUCAGCCCUGUUAGCAGUCAGCGAACUCAUACAAAAAUGAUCCAAUAACUACGCUAAUAUUUAAUUAUUGAAUUCGGUUUUCUUAUCAUCUGAAGAUUAUGUCAUGUAAUUAUGGAGAUCUCGGAGGGUGUUAUCCACCGAGGCCGUACCUCCAUUGAUGUUAAGCUACUCAUCGAUAGUUCAUGUUAAGGGAAGUUUAGGAGAUAAAGGGUUGUUCAGUUCUGCAAAUUUCUCCAAAUAGAAUGUGUGGUUCGUCGAGUUGUCGUCUUGCUGUUUAUCCUCUGUUUUUAGCCAACAGUUCGCCCAUACCUUCCUUGUGAAAAGGGCUAAAAGUUCCGCCAUUCCUAUCACUACCAAAACAACUCAACCUCGUCCCCAGCUUUUCUCGGUUAACAGUUCAACAAUCUGGCAAUUUUUGCUGCACGAUUGACAUCCUCAGUUUCUUCUAAAUUUGGUCAACAGUAGCUGGUUAUGAUGAAUUGUGCGAGUGAUUUUAGCCAAUCAGAAGGGAAAAAUAUUUUGAAUGAAUAAUAAUACUUCUUCUUUUGUCUUUUAGCAGGCGUUUUCAAGCUCAAUCAUCUUCCCGUGUGUUCAGGAACUAAGGGUGACCAAUUUGGUAAGUUCUACGUUCCAUCAAGUGGCAAGUUAGCAUCCCUAAGGUUGGUUCACCUGUACGGUUACGUGUCUUGUCAUCAGCGUUCAUACGGCCGCUGGUCUUACUGGGGAUGUGCUAGCUCAAAAAUAAACAUUGUCGUUACCAACUCGACCAAUCACGUGAUUUUGCCUGCUGAACAGUUUAUUUCUGGUGAGACAAAGUGGUCGAAAAUUCCCGGAUAUACCUCACUUUCCCCUCAGAUUUUGCUAUCGGUUUUCUCCGAUCCUGUUGAGAUAACCGCUGGUGAAGAGUUACGCCUGUGGUAUGGCGAAGAUUUGGCGAAUAAAGACGAAGAUGAUAACGAAGGGAAGGUCUGUGCCGAUGUUUACGGUCUGUUUGUCUGAACUAGGUUGGCGUCGAAUAUCUCAGGGGAAAAUGUAAUUUAGCUACUGCUGGCGGUGAUUUUUUAUUAGAGUAAAAUGUUUUAUCAAUAUUCACAGGAAAGUUUUAUACGUAAGGGGUUCAGCAGAGUAAGACGAAUCCAGUUUUUUUAUAUCUAAAAUAAGCAAGCGUUUUGUCUAGGUGUUUUAUGU